AAUUUAAAUUAUAUUUCCGAUUUGUGACAAUAGGUUACUUAUACAUUAACGUAUAAAACGUGAUUGACAGUUUUUUCAAAGUGCAAUGUUAAAAUUUUACCUACAUCGUGGCGUUAUGUUUUCGAAGUUCUUUUUGAUUCUUGGGUUUUCGUCAAUAGUUACAUUUAGCGCUGAACUUGACCAUUCUUCGUUAUUAUUCGACACCGACUCUGUACUGUUUUUAGACGAAAACAAUGAACCAGUUAAAGCAUAUUUUUCACCACCAAACAAUAGUGGUGCGCCAGAUAUUGAAUCCAGGUUAUUUCUAACUGAACGCAAGUUAGAAGAAAAAAUGAGAUUUAAAUAUUAUUCCAGAGAUGCACCAGACGGUAUUACAAUUCAGGAUAAGAGAGAUUUAGAAUUUCUCAUCAAUAUUUCUAAACCAAUAAAAUGUAUUACUCACGGAUGGUUAUCUGGAGGAGAUAAAGAUACAAGUUUAAGAAUCAAGGACGGAUUUCUGCAUAGAUAUGAUGCAAAUGUUCUUGUAAUGGAUUGGAGCGAUAUAUCCAGCAAUGUUCUCUAUCCUCUUCCAAUGAGAGCCACAACAGAUGUCGGAAAACAUUAUGGCACUUAUUUAAAUUAUAUUAUAGGAGAGUUAGGGGCAGAUCCAAAAAAUAUUCAUUUAGUAGGUCAUAGUCUAGGAGCUCACGUUUCAGGUUUUGCAGGUAGAGAAGUUAAAUAUGGAAAAAUUGGAAGAAUUACAGCUUUAGAUCCAGCCUUGCCUGGCUUCAAUCUAGGUCUGGUUGAAUAUGGAAAAUUAAAUAAGAGUGACGCUCUCUUUGUGGACGUAAUACACACCUGUGCAGGUGUUUUAGGCUACUGGGAUCCUUUAGGUCACGUUGACAUUUAUCCCAAUGGUGGUGUGCCUCCACAACCUGGUUGCAACGUUAUUCAAUUUUACAAAGCUUGUAGCCAUGGCAUGUCGUGGAAAAUUUUUGCGAGUUCGCUAAUGAGAACGAAGCCGUACAUCGCCUCAGAAUGUUCAACGGUACACGAUGUCGCCAAGAAAAACUGUAAAGAACGGAGAAUUGCAUACGGAGAUUCGACGCCGAAGAAUGUCAGCGGUAUAUUUUACGGAGAAGUUCACAAACAUGAACUGAUAUUUCACGAUAUUUAUGAUAAAGAUUAAAAGUAAUUAAUGGAGAAGAUGUUUUCUUUAUU